CUAGACCAAAAAUGGAAUUUGGAGAACAAGGGAAUCUUGUUGGUCUCUUUGGCUGGGCGUCGUCGGCAGAAUUCUCCCCUCUCCUCAUUCUCAUUCACUCUGCAGGACAGCUUUCGACACGUUCGUUGCAGGGCUGACGGAGAAGUGAAUUCCAUCAAUUGUUGGGAGAAGUGGUGUUUGGUUUUUCGGAUCGUGACCGGGCCAGGCCUUAAGAGUCGGGAUGGUUAUUGAACAAAAAUUCGUGGCUGGGCAGGAGCCUGAUCCUACCGAAUUUCUCUUCAUUUCCCUGGAAAUGAAGAUGAAAGACGAGUCGACGCCGUACGACGCCAAGACGACGUGUUGGGUCCCUGACCCGGCAGAUUGCUUUAUCCGGGGGGAAAUUCGCAGUCAAGAUGGUGACAGUAUCAUGGUCUGGACCGGAAAUGAGGAGAAGAAAUUCAAGAAGGACCAAGUCGCUCAAGUGAAUCCACCCAAGUACGAGAAGUGCGAGGACAUGUCCAACUUGACCUUUUUGAACGAUGCGUCCGUCUUGCACAAUCUCAAGUCCAGAUACCAAGCAAAGUUGAUCUAUACUUAUUCUGGUCUCUUCUGCGUCGCCAUCAACCCGUACAAACGGUACCCCAUCUACACCGUGAGGGCCAUGAAGAUCUACACCAACAAGAGGCGUAACGAGUGCCCACCCCACAUUUUCGCCAUUGCUGAGGGUGCUUACCAAAACAUGAUCCAAGACCACGAGAACCAGUCCAUCCUUAUUACCGGCGAGUCUGGUGCCGGAAAGACGGAAAACACCAAGAAGGUCAUCGCUUAUUUCGCCAACGUCGGCGCCUCAUCGAAAGGAGAAACGAACAAGGUUUCCCUUGAGGACCAGAUCGUCCAAACCAAUCCCGUCCUCGAGUCCUUCGGUAACGCCAAGACCACGCGUAACGACAACUCGUCCCGAUUCGGUAAAUUCAUCCGUAUCCAUUUCGGACCCACUGGAAAGUUGGCUGGUGCUGAUAUCGAGUCUUACUUGCUCGAGAAGGCCCGAGUCAUCUCUCAAAUGCCUCUGGAGCGUUGCUACCACAUUUUCUACCAACUGAUGUCCCCCGCCUGCAAGGAGAAGGGUGUGAAGGACAUUUGCUUCUUGGGCGAGGACAUUUACAAGUACCACUACGUCUCCCAGGGAAAAAUUACCGUCCCUUCGAUCGAUGACAAUGAAGAGUUCCUCGCCACCCACGAGGCUUUCGAAAUUCUUCUCUUCACCGCCGCCGAGCGAGAAAAUUGCUACAAGGUCACCGCCUCUGUCAUGCACAUGGGAGAGAUGAAGUUCAAGCAGAAAGGUCGUGAAGAGCAGGCCGAACCCGACGGUCUUGAGGAUGGCACCAACUGCGCUAAACUUCUCGGCGUUGACGGCGAGCAGAUGUACAAGAACAUUUGCAAGCCCAGGAUCAAGGUCGGCACGGAGUUCGUCACCAAGGGGAUGAACGUCAACCAAUGCUCCUACACUUUGGGCGCCAUGGCGAAAUCCAUCUUCGACAGGAUGUUCAAGUGGCUCGUCAAGAAGUGUAACGACACCCUGGACACGAAACAGAAGCGUCAAUCCUUCUCCGGAGUGUUGGACAUUGCCGGGUUCGAGAUCUUCGACGAAAACGGUUUCGAUCAGUUGUGCAUUAACUUCACCAAUGAGAAAUUGCAGCAAUUCUUCAACCAUCACAUGUUCGUUCUUGAGCAGGAAGAAUACAAGAAGGAAGGUCUCGACUGGAUCUUCGAAGAUUUCGGAAUGGACUUGCAAGCUUGCAUCGAGCUGUUUGAGAAGCCCAUGGGCAUCUUCGCCAUCCUUGAAGAGCAGACUAUGUUCCCCAAAGCUACCGAUCAAUCAUUCCAGGACAUGUUGAAGACCAACUUGCUCGGCAAGUAUAACUGCUUCAUGAAGCCCAAACCACCAAAGCCAGGUCAGAAGGAGGCUCACUUUACGGUGGGACAUUACGCCGGAAACGUUGCGUACAACAUUGCCGGUUGGUUGGAGAAGAAUAAGGAUCCCUUGAAUGACUCUGUGGUCGAUCAGUGGAAGAAGGGAUCCAACGACUUGGUCGUUUUCCUCUAUUCGGACCAUCCCGGACAGAGUGGAGACGCUGGAAAGGAUGCCGGUGGUGGCAAAGGUGGUGGCAAGAAGAAGGGAGGUGGUAUGUCCAGUGUAUCUUCGUCAUACAGAGAACAAUUGAACAACUUGAUGACCACUUUGAAAGCUACGCAUCCUCAUUUUAUCCGAUGCAUUGUGCCGAACGAGGUCAAGACACCCGGUCUCGUUGACGCCCAUUUGGUUAUGCACCAGCUCACCUGUAAUGGUGUGCUUGAAGGCAUCCGUAUUUGUCGGAAGGGAUUCCCCAACAGGAUGAACUAUCCUGACUUCAAGCAUCGUUACAUCAUCCUUGCCGCCGAGCAGAUGAAGGCGAACGAGAAGGACGACAAGAAGAUGGCCACCGCUUGCUUUGAUGUCAUCGCAUUGGACGCUGAUCGAUACCGUGUCGGUCACACCAAGGUUUUCUUCCGUGCCGGAACCUUGGGUUAUCUUGAAGAAAUGCGUGACGACAAGGUUGGACAGGUCAUGACCUGGAUGCAAUCUAGGAUCCGUACCUUCUUGCAGUUGAAGGAGUUCAAGCGACUCCAGGAACAACGUAUCGCUCUCCAAGUCGUCCAACGCAAUCUCCGCACCUACGUGCAGAUGAAGCAGUGGGUGUGGUUCGACGUCAUGCAGAAACUCAAACCUCUCAUCGCCUCCUCCAAGAUCGGCGACGAGCUCAAGAAGCUUGAAGAAAAAGCCGAAAAACUCGAGGCUGGAGUCGCCAACGAGCAAAAACUUAAAGCCGAAGCGAACGAGCGGGAAGCCAAGGCGGCCGCGGAGCGCGACGACAUUCAGCGCCAACUCGAAGAAGAGCGCGGAAAGGGAGGCGAUUACGGUGUGCGACUCACCAAAAUGCAGACGCAGAAGGAAACCCUCGAACAACAAAUUCAGGACGCGCAGGCCAAACUCGUCCGCGAGGAGGAAGCGCGCACCAAGCUCUUCGCCGAGAAGAAGAAGAUGGAGCAGGAACUUCAAGGCAUGAAGAAGGACUUUGAAGACCUCGAGCUUGCCGUGAACAAAGUUGAAGGCGACAAGAACACACGUGACCACCAGAUUCGAACUUUGAAUGACGAAAUCUCCCGCCAAGACGACCUCAUCAACAAGCUGAACAAGGAGAAGAAGCACAUGCAAGAGCUCACCUCGAAGACUGGGGAAGAACUCCAGACCGCGGAGGACAAGGUGAACCAUCUCAACAAGGUUAAGUCAAAGUUGGAACAGACUUUAGAUGAGUUGGAGGAGUCGCUCGAGCGCGAAAAGAAGCUGCGCGCCGAUUAUGAGAAGACCAAGAGGAAGGUGGAAGGAGAUUUGAAGUUGACGCAGGAGUCGGUCCAGGAUUUGGAGAGGAAUAAGAAGGAGUUGGAACAGACCAUCCAACGCAAAGACAAGGACAUCCAGUCUCUCACCAGCAAAUUGGAGGACGAACAAAGCGUCGUUUCCAAGCUUCAAAAGCAAAUCAAGGAAUUGCAAGGACGCAUCGAAGAGCUUGAAGAAGAGCUCGAAGCUGAGCGUCAAGCCCGCGCUAAGGCCGAGAAGCAGAGGAGCGAUCUUGCCCGCGACUUGGAAGAGCUGACCGAGCGUUUAGACGAAGCCGGUGGCGCCACCGCGGCACAAAUCGAACUCAACAAGAAGCGCGAGUCCGAGCUAACCAAGCUUCGCCGGGACAUUGAAGAAGCCAACAUUCAACACGAAUCCAGCAUGGCGGGAAUCCGAAAGAAGCACAAUGACGCAGUCGCAGAAAUGGCGGAACAGAUCGACACUCUUAACAAGCUGAAGGCUAGGGCCGAGAAAGAACGCCAAGGCAUGUCCUCCGAGCUGAACGACAUCCGCUCCGCGAUGGACCAUCUCAGCAACGAGAAGGCGGGUCAAGAGAAAUUGAACAAGAUCUGGCAAGGUCAGCUGGGUGACCUUCAAGCCAAAUAUGAAGAAGCCGCGCGAACCCUGCAAGAACUCGAUGGUUCCAAGAAGAAGUUGGCGAUUGAGAAUUCCGAACUUUCGCGCCAAUUGGAGGACGCCGAUACGCAGAUUUCGACCCUGAACAAGCUCAAGAUCUCGCUUGCUCAACAGUUGGAGGACGUCAAGCGCGUCGCGGAUGAGGAGAGUCGAGAACGUGCCGUACUUUUGGCCAAGUUCAGGACCGUCGAACAUGACCAGGACGGAUUGAGGGAGCAAUUGGACGGAGAAGCGGAAGGCAAGGCGGAUCUGGUUCGUCAAUUGUCAAAGGCUAAUGCGGAAGCUCAACUUUGGCGUGCAAAAUACGAAUCGGAAGGAGUUGCCCGAGCUGAAGAGUUGGAGGAGACCAAGCGCAAAUUGCAAGCUCGUCUCACCGAAGCGGAAGAAACUAUUGAGUCCUUGAACCAAAAAGUGAUCGCUUUGGAGAAGAGCAAGCAACGUUUGGCCACCGAGUUGGAAGACAUGCAGCUCGAAGUGGAGCGUGCCAAGAGCUUGGCCAACGCGAUGGAGAAGCGCGCCAAGGCUUUCGACAAAACUGUCUCCGAAUGGAAGCAGCGCGUCGACGACCUGGCCGCGGAGUUGGACAACAGCCAGAAGGAGUGCAGGAACUACUCGACGGAACUCUUCCGUCUGCGAGCGGUCUAUGAUGAAAGUCAGGAACAAUUGGACUCUGUCCGACGUGAGAAUAAGGCUCUCGUCGAGGAAAUUAAGGACCUCAUGGACCAGAUUGGCGAAGGUGGCCGCGCCAUCCACGAGUUGGACAAAGCCCGACGACGUCUCGAAGUUGAGAAGGAUGAACUUCAAGCCGCUCUUGAAGAGGCUGAAUCCGCUUUGGAACAAGAAGAAUCCAAACUUCUCCGCGGACAGCUGGAGCUCUCCACCGUCCGACAAGAGAUCGACCGACGCAUCCAAGAGAAGGAAGACGAGUUCGAGAACACCCGCAAGAACCACAUGCGCGCCCUGGAUUCACUCCAGUCCAGCUUGGAGGCUGAAGCUAAAGCCCGCGCGGAAGCUUUGAGACAAAAGAAGAAGCUCGAGUCGGACAUCAAUGAGCUCGAAAUUGCUCUCGACCAAGCCUCCAAGGCUGCCCAGGAAGCCCAAAAGAACAUCAAGCGCUACCAAAACACCUUGAAGGAAACGCAAGGCGCUCUUGAGGACGAGCAACGCGCCCGCGACGAAGCGCGAGAAGCUCUUGCCAAUGCGGAGCGACGAUCCAACGCACUCUUCAAUGAGUUGGAAGAAUCUCGAACUCUCCUCGAACAAGCUGACCGAGCUCGACGAAACGCCGAACAAGAGUUGACCGAUGCGAACGAACAAAUCAGCGAGCUUGCCGCGCAGGCUAACAGCCUCGCUUCGGCGAGAAGGAAGUUGGAAUCUGAGCUUUCUACUCUUCAUACCGAUCUCGAAGAGAUCCUCAAUGAAGCCAAGAUGUCUGACGAGAAAGCCAAAAAGGCCAUGAUUGACGCCGCUCGGCUUGCCGAUGAACUUCGUGCCGAACAAGAUCACGCCCAACACCAGGAGAAGCUCCGCAAGCAGUUGGAACUCCAAGCCAAGGACUUGCAAAACCGGCUGAACGAGGCUGAAACUCUGGCCCUUAAGGGAGGAAAGAAGGCCAUCGCCAAGCUGGAAGAGCGCAUCCGACAACUUGAAGGCGAACUUGAUGGAGAACAACGCCGACACGCCGAUGCCCAGAAAUCCUCCCGCAAGAACGAGCGCCGCAUUAAGGAGAUGACCUUCCAGGCUGAUGAAGACCGCAAAAACCACGAACGCAUGCAAGACCUUGUUGACAAACUCCAACAAAAGAUCAAGACCUUCAAGAGGCAGAUUGAGGAAGCGGAAGAAAUUGCCAGCCUGAAUCUCGCCAAGUACCGCAAGGCACAAACUGACUUGGAGGAUGCCGAAGAGCGAUCCGAGGUCAACGAGGGCGCUCUGGUCAAGCUGCGUGGUCGCCGAGCUGGGUCCAUGGCCCGCUUGGCACAGAACGCAGAGUAAGAUCUGCUUCGCCAAGAAAGAGAUGCUUUCGGGUGUGUCAUCGUCACGAUCGUCGUCAACGUCGUCAUGACAACGAAUAAAACCACCACCACUCACCUAGCUCUUGACAACUAUGUCAGUUAUUUCUUUGUUCUUCCGUAUUCAUUUUAAACUUAUUGUCUGUACUUUCCUCACCUCAAGACGUAGAAGAUAAUAAACCCACAAGCAAAUCUUUAAAAACUUAAAAAAAA